AUGGCGCAAAAUCAACAAAUGAUGACAACCAUGGUGCAAAGUCAGCAAAGGACGGACUCCGAAAUGCAGGAUAUAAGGAAUCAGAUAAGUCAAAUGGCCACAACAAUCAACCAUUUGGAUUCCCAGAACCAAGGGAAGCUGCCAUCUCAACCUGAGUUGAACCCGAAGAAUGUGAGCGCCAUGACUCUGAGGAGCGGGAAGGAAAUUCAGGGGCCUGAACCUGUGAUCCCUAAGGAUAAGGAUGAGGAAAAGAUCGAAAAUGAGCUUGAAAGGGAGAACAGCAAUGGUGCAGACCCAAAGGUACUUCCUGACCCAGUAAUUACAGCUAAAACUAACCUGCCUCCUUUCCCUAGCAGGUUGAAAAAAUCGAAGAAGCAGGAUAAGGAAAAGGAGAUUUUGGAGGUUUUUCGCAAGGUUGAGAUAAACAUCCCCCUCUUAGACGCAAUCAAACAAGUACCAAAAUAUGCCAAAUUCCUAAGGGACUUGUGUGUCAACCGAAGGCGAUUGAGGGGAGAUGAACGGGUUAUUGUUGGGGAGAAUGUGUCAGCGGUCCUGCAGAGAAAGUUUCCACCCAAGUGCGGGGACCCAGGUAUGUUUACUAUCCCCUGUAGGAUAGGGAACACUGUGAUUAGAAGGGCCAUGUUGGACUUGGGAGCAUCAAUUAAUGUCAUGCCUAAAUCUAUAUAUGCUUCUCUAAAGCUAGGUCCAUUAAAAGAAACUGGAAUAAUCAUUCAAUUAGCUGACCGCACUAAUGCAUAUCCUGAUGGGUUGGUUGAAGAUGUGUUGGUGAAAGUUAAUGAUUUGGUGUUUCCAGCUGAUUUUUAUGUACUUGAUAUGGAUGAUGAUCACUCCCCUGAUCCCUCACCUUUGUUAUUGGGUAGACCCUUUAUGAGCACAGCACAGACAAAAAUUGAUGUUAAUAAGGGUACCUUAUCCAUGGAAUUUGAUGGGGAAAUUGUGCACUUUAAUAUCUUUGAUACUAUGAAAUAUCCCUCAAACUCCAACUUUAGCUCAGUUUUUUCUGUGAGUGCUAUUGACCCUGCGGUGCAGGAAGUAUUUGAAACUGUUGGCAGGGAUGAGUUGGAGAGGGUAUUGCCAUCUGUGGUGCAGGCACCUGUACUGGAGUUGAAACCUCUACCAGAGCACCUGAAAUAUGCAUAUCUGGGUGAUAAUGAGACACUCCCGGUGAUUAUCUCAUCGGCACUGUCAAAAACCCAGGAGGAGAAACUGAUCCGGGUCCUUAGAGAGCAUAAAGAGGCGAUAGGUUGGACAAUUGCUGACAUUAAGGGAAUCAGCCCGGCCAUCUGUAUGCACCGGAUUAGACUAGAAGAGGAUGUCAAACCUGUUAGGCAGGCUCAAAGGAGGCUUAAUCCCCUCAUGAUGGAAGUUGUAAAGAAAGAGAUUUUAAAAUUGCUAGAUGUGGGGAUCAUCUUUGCAAUAUCUGAUAGCCCUUGGGGCAUCGAGGUUGACAAGGCUAAAAUAGACGUUAUUUCUGCAUUACCUUACCCCGCAAAUGUGCGGGAGGUGCGUUCUUUUCUUGGGCAUGCAGGUUUUUAUCGAAGGUUCAUCAAGGAUUUUUCAAAAAUUGGGGCCCCAUUGUUCCAACUCUUGCAAAAGGAUGUAGCCUUCGAGUUUAAUGACAAGUGUGAGAGAGCCUUUGACAAGCUGAAGGAAUUGUUGACUUCACCCCCAAUCAUCCAGCCCUCCGAUUGGAGUUUGCCAUUUGAAAUCAUGUGCGAUGCCAGUGAUCAUGCUGUUGGGGCUGUACUGGGGCAAAGAGUAGGAAAGGCGGCUCAUGUCAUCUAUUACGCAUCCCGGGCCUUGAAUGGAGCCCAGUUGAAUUAUUCCACCACUGAGAAGGAGCUUCUUGCGGUUAUUUUUGCUUUAGAAAAAUUCAGGUCAUAUUUGUUAGGAGCUAAAGUAAUUGUAUUUUCUGAUCAUGCAGCGUUAAGGUACCUAAUGACCAAGAAGAAUGCCAAACCUAGACUCAUCAGGUGGAUAUUGCUACUACAGGAAUUUGACCUUGAGAUAAGGGACAAAAAAGGCUCAGAAAAUCUAGUAGCAGACCAUUUGAGUCGCAUACCAGUUGGGGAGGACAAUGAGCCAUUGAAGGAUGCAUUCCCUGAAGAGCAUUUAUUUUCCUUGCAUUCUCAAUUGCCUUGGUAUGCUGACCUGGUCAAUUAUUUGGUAACUGGUAAUUUUCCUGCAGGUUGGCCAAAAUCGAAGAGGGAUAAAUUGAAGAGCGACGCCAAGUAUUUUAUCUGGGAUGACCCGUACCUGUGGAAGAGGUGUGCAGAUCAGGUAAUGAGGAGAUGUGUAAGUGAAAUGGAAUUCCAAUCGAUUCUAGCUUUUUGUCAUACUUUUGCCUGUGGAGGUCAUUUUGGACCCAAGAGAACUGCUCAUAAGAUUUUAGAAAGUGGAUUUUAUUGGCUUUCAUUGUUUAAGGAUGCCUAUGUAUUUUGUAAGUCAUGUGAUCGCUGUCAAAGGAUAGGUAAUAUAACCCGUAGGGAUCAUAUGCCCCAAGUCCCGAUGAUUUUUGUAGACAUUUUUUAUGUCUGGGGUAUAGAUUUCAUGGGGCCUUUUCCUACUUCAUUUGGUUUUCUGUAUAUUUUGCUGGCAGUUGAUUAUGUGUCCAAAUGGGUGGAGGCUAAGGCCACUCGGACUAAUGACUCGAAGGUAGUUGCAGAUUUUAUUAGGUCUAAUAUUUUUGUACGAUUUGGAAUGCCAAAAGCCAUUGUCAGUGAUAGGGGGACGCACUUCUGCAACAAAACCAUAGCUGCGUUGUUUCGCAAGUAUGGUGUACUCCACAGGGUCUCGACAUCGUACCACCCUCAGACCAAUGGUCAAGCGGAGGUAUCAAACCGGGAGAUUAAGUCCAUUCUGGAGAAAAUGGUGCGCCCCGAUAGGAAAGAUUGGAGUUCAAGGUUGGAAGAUGCUUUGUGGGCAUAUAGGACCGCUUACAAGACGCCUAUAGGGAUGUCUCCCUAUAGGUUAGUAUUUGGUAAGCCUUGCUAUCUUCCAGUGGAGUUCGAGCACAAGGCUUUUUGGGCGAUAAAGCAAUGCAACAUGAACCUAGAAGAGGCCGGUGCCCGACGGAAAUUGGAUUUACAGGAGUUGGAGGAGAUUCGCAAUGAGGCCUAUGAGAAUGCGGAUGUAGCCUUCGAGUUUGAUGACAAGUGUGGGAGAGCCUUCGACAAGUUGAAGGAAUUGUUGAUCUCACCUCCAAUCAUCCAGCCCCCUGACUGGAAUUUACCAUUUGAGAUUAUGUGUGAUGCCAGUGACCAUGCUGUAGGGGCUGUGCUAGGGCAAAGAGUGGGAAAGGCACCUCACGUCAUCUACUAUGCGUCCCGAGCGUUAAAUGGAAUCCAAUUGAAUUACUCCACCACUGAGAAGGAGCUUCUUGCAGUUAUUUUUGCUUUAGAAAAAUUCAGGUCAUAUCUGUUAGGUGCCAAAGUAAUUGUAUUUUUUGAUCAUGCAGCAUUAAGGUACCUAAUGACCAAGAAGGAUGCCAAAUCGAGGCUCAUCAGGUGGAUAUUGCUACUACAGGAAUUUGACCUGGAAAUAAGGGACAAAAAAGGCUCAGAAAAUCUAGUAGCAGACCAUUUGAGUCGCAUACCGGUUGGGGAGGAUAAUGAACCAUUGAAGGAUGCAUUCCCUGAAGAGCAUUUAUUUGCCUUAAAUUCUCAAUUGCCUUGA